UGAAGGGGCCAUCGCUCCCCACUAUGAGGCUGCAGAUCUGCGGGUCUGGAGGAUGAGGAGCGGCGGGGAUGCUGCUGCCUCUGCUCCGCCGACCGUACAGCCAGUCCCGCUCGACUGAAGGGAAGCAGCCGCAGCCAUGGCCUCGGACAGCUGCCUGUUGGUGUGGUCUGAUCAGUGUGUCAUUGUAUGUCCCCUCUCGCUCUCCCUCCUGCUGCCAGUCACCCCCGAGGCCAUCGGCUUCCUGUCGGCGGUGGGAGUCUUCAUCGUGGCGUUGGCCGUCCUCUUCCUCUUCAUCAACAAGAAGCUGUGUUUCUCCCGCGUCGGGGGGCUGCCCUGCCUGGAGCCGCACGGCCGGCGGAGGCGAGGACGGCCGGGGAUCCGCCAGGGGCUCGUGAACAGCUUCGGCGACGACGACGGCGGCGGCAGCAGCUCCUCCGACAGCGAAGCCGAGAUCCUGAAGCAGUUUGAAAUCUCCGUCUCGCGCUCGCAGAGCUUCCGCGCGGCGGCCGGCGCCAGCGGAGGCGAACACCAGCUCCACCACACGCAGCUGGCGCUGAGCCGGCGCCACAGGUUCACGCGCCUGUCGGACCAGGAGGAGGGCAGCACCGAGCCGUCGGACUGCGAAGACAUGGAGGCUCAGAACCCGCCGGGUCUCCAGAACCCGCCGGGUCUCCAGAACACGCCGGGUCUCCAGAACCCGCCGGGUCUCCAGAACCCGCCGGGUCUCCAGAACCCGCCGGGUCUCCAGGACCCGCUCUCCGCCGCCGCUGCAGAGAGCGAGCGUGGGUCCGUCUGCUCGCUGGACGAAGCCGCCGCCGCCGCCGCGGAGGCGGCCGGCGCCAGAGACAGCCCCACGCCCAGCAUGAACCGACAGGCAGCAGACGGCAGCGAGGACACGGAGAAGGCCAAGGAUGACGGCACCGACAGCUCGACCGCCUGGAGCCCCGAGCAGGAGCAGCCUCCCACCGCCUCCGCCUCGCCUCCGCCCGCCACCUCCUCCCCUCGAACGCCCAUCUCAAAAUGUGGGGACCUGGUCCUCUCUGUGGGGUACCACCCCGACACCGACAGGCUCCUGGUGUCUGUGAUCGCGGCCCGCGACAUCCCAGACAAGGCUCGCAGCGGCAUGGACUCCUGGCAGGUGCACAUGGUCCUGCUGCCGUCCAAGAAGCAGCGGCACAAGACGUCGGUGCAGAAGGGCUCGCUGCCGCACUUCAACGAGACCUUCCGCUUCUCGCGCCUGGAGCCGUCGGACCUGCAGGCGUCGGCCGUGCGCUUCCGGCUGUACGCGCUCGGAGGGAGGAUGUCCCGCGAGCGGAUGAUGGGGGAGAAGGUGCUGCGCCUGGGAGGACUGGACCCGAACGGCGGCACCACGGAGACCACCCUGGUCCUGGAGCCGAGGAGCAACCUCAAGAGCGUGGACUCCCAGCUGAGUCUGUCUGCUGUGUCUCAGAGCGACAGCGCCUCGUCCACGCAGUCUCUGACCCACGGCGGCGUCCCCGAGCUGCUGGUGGGUCUCACCUACAACGCCACCACGGGACGCAUGUCUGUGGAGCUCAUCAAGGGCAGCCACUUCAGGAACCUGGCCAUCAACCGGCCCCCAGACACCUACGGCCGCCUCACGCUGCUCAACUCCGUGGGCCAGGAGAUCUCCCGCUGCAAGACGUCGGUGCGCCGCGGCCAGCCCAACCCCGUCUACAAGGAGACCUUCGUCUUCCAGGUGGCGCUGUUCCAGCUGUCGGACGUCACGCUGCUGAUCUCCAUUUACAACCGGCGCAGCAUGAAGCGCAAGGAGAUGGUGGGCUGGGUGGCGCUGGGCCAGAACAGCAGCGGCGAGGAGGAGCAGCUCCACUGGCAGGACAUGAAGGAGAGCCGCGGGCAGCAGGUGUGCCGCUGGCACGUCCUGCUGGAGGCGUAGCGCCGCCUCCCGGACCCUUCGCUUGCUUUUAAGCUUUAGUUGCUAGUUAUAGGAGCGGAUGAGGAUCAGCACCGGUCCAAACCCAUCACCCAUCUGGGCCAAAAGCCAGCCCUGCUUCAGCUCCUGGAGGCUGAUGGCUGAGAACGUGUCCGGCACUCAGACCCGGUUCUGAUCCACUGUAACGACCCCUGUCCCGUCCACAGUAACAGCACCGGCCUCAUCACAGGCAGAAAGCACAAAGAUGAUGCUGCUGGUGGUGGUGUCACCCUCCACCCAGUGCAGCUGCUUCGACUGGCAGCAGGAAACCAGCAGCUGGAGGCUCUUCCCCCCCCCCCCCCAUCCCCCACCCCCCAAUGAGCUUGUUUGGCCUGGGCUCGUUUCAGCGGCCAUCAGUGCUGAAAGCAGCUUUAAGUAUCUCAUUGAAGCUGCUAACAACAGGCAGUGAAUUACCCCGAAGCCGUCGUGUGUUUUCUCCCCUCUCCGUGUGCUGAUAGUUACGGCUUCGUAGAGCGUGAUGACGCGGCGCUGCUGCUGAGGCUCAUCCUCCUCCCGUCGGAGGGCGUCACACAGCGGCGCUUCAGGCGGAGGGGAUUAAACGUGUGCAGCUC